GAACCAAACAUUAGCGGGCCGACACCGUCAAACACAGUGCUGGAAAAAUAAACGUCCUAGGAGUACAUAUUCAUUUUUUUUUCAACUUUCAUAAUGUCCGAUGAGGAAGAUGAUUAUAUGUCCGAUGCUUUUGUCAGUCAAAUACAAGAUGUCAAACCAGGUGUCACCAUGGUGAGGCGAGUAAAAGAAGCAAUGAAACGGGAAGAAAAGCACAAAGAGAUUAACAUUAAAAAUCGUCAAAAAACAUUCAAGGAGCAAGAAAAGGAAAGCCGUGAAACAGCUUUACAGAGCUCCAUUAGUAAUAACAAUAAGGGAUUUGCACUUUUGCAGAAAAUGGGUUACAAAGCUGGGCAAGGCCUUGGAAAAGAAGGGGCUGGCAGAGUUGAUCCAAUCCCACUGAAUAUUAAAACUGACAGAGGUGGUAUUGGGAUGGAAGAGGCAAAGAAGAGAAAAUCUGAGGAGGAACUGGAGCAGUAUCGAAAAAAAAUACAUGCCAAACAACAUAAUGAGACCAAAUCCCUGGCAGAUUUUAGGUCAAGAGUAAGGACUGAGAGAGAGGAGCGAAAAAUUGAAGGAGACCUCAGAAGAAGUCAACGAGCCUGUGAGCAAUUGGAUUCUCAGAAGGGCAUCACAGUCCCCAGGGAAGAAUGGUACUGGCCCAAAGUCGGGGCUGAAGAGGAGACAGAUGAUCUUAAUGAAGAAGAAAAGGAGGAGGAAGAUGAGAUUUGGGAAUUAACUUCCUUUGACCAACUGCAAAUGUUGACAUCCUAUUUAAGAGGGAACCAUUUUUACUGCAUAUGGUGUGGCACGACCUAUAAUGAUCUGGAAGACCUGUCCUCAAACUGUCCUGGGGACACAGCAGCAGACCAUGAAUGAACUUAACCAAUAUAGUAUAUGUGCAGAGCUGCAUGGAGUCUUCUACAUUGUAAAAAGGACAAUAACAAUAGGCCGUCAUAGUAUUGAUAUAUGGAGGCAAACUGAUCCUAUUACCUGUAUAUGUUUGCCCUUUUUUGCAUUUUGGACAUUUUUUUUGAAACAAGGUUACAUUUAAAUGGAGAAACAAUAUACAAUAUUUGUUUUUAAAAUGUCUCAGUAUUUACAUACAUUUACUUUGUAUAACAUACAGUACAUGUUUUAAAAUGAGGAACAAUGUGAAAAAGCUUUAAAAUUAAAAAGAGUAUGCAUACGGAUUAGAGACAGGGGCACUCAAGUGACAACAGAAGGAAGAAGAGCUGGAGGUGGCGGAGAUGAUGUUGGGGUCCACUUUCAGCGUGACCAGAUUGGAUAGGAUUAGAAAUGAUCUCAUCCGAGGGACAGCCGUGGCUAGACAUUUUGGAAACAAAGUUCGAGAGACCAGACUUCGAUGGAUUGGGCACGUUCAGAGGAGAAGUAGUAUAUUGGUAGAACGAUGAUGAGGGUGGAGCUGCCAGGCAAGAGAGCUAGAGGAAGACCAAAGAGAAGGUUGAUGGGUGUAGUGAGGGAAGAAAUGAGGGCAGUUGGUGUUAGAGAGCAGGAUGCAGGAGAUGGGCUUACAUGGAAAAGGAUGGCACGCUGUGGCGACCCCUAAUGGGACAAGCCAUAAGGAAAAGAAGAUUAGAGGAGGCAAUUUUUUACAUGUGAGGAAACUGAUGAAAUGGUGGAAGGAUCUAAAGUGGACAGUCUACUGUACUAAUUGAUUUUGAGGAAGAAACCUUAACCAAGUCAAUAACUACUGGAUUUUUUCAUUAUAAUGUCAGAGUGUAUUCCACCACCAUUAUGAUGGUACAAUUGUCAAAAAUAUGGCCAUACUGAAGCCUAUUGCAAAGCAAGGCAGAGUUUUGGGAAGUGUGGAGGUGAACGUCCAGCCAUCCAUCCAUUUUCUACCGCUUAUCCGAGGUCGGGUCGUGGGGGUAGUAGCUUUAGCAGGCACGCCCAGACUUCGCUUUCCCCAGCCACUUCAUCCAGCUCUUCCGGGGGAUCCCGAGGCGUUCCCAGGCCAGCCGAAGGAUGUAGUCUCUCUAGCGUGUCCUGGAGGUGAAUGUGAGUAUGCAAAAUGUAGCAAAAUUAAAAUGUUAGAAUUCUGCUGUGUUACAUAUGGAGAAUGUGGGGUGAUGAAAAGGGCUAUAGAAAUACUGUACGAUAAGUUAAAGUUGGAGGUAAUUUAUAUACAAAGGGUGCUAAAUUAUUUAAAUCAGCAAAGUAGUAAGCAAGGUCAGGAAAUCAUGGGAAAUUAUUGCAAAAUAAAAGAGGAUGUUGUGAUUUGUAAUUAGGCAAAUUUUGUAUGCUUUACUGCUGAAGUGAUCAAUUGCACCCAACAAGCUGAACAUAGAGCAGAAAAAAAUAGCUAUCAUUGUGGAUAGCACCAUAAAAUAUGUAGAUAUUAAAUGAAUAAUUUGGGAACGAAUAUAUGAUGAACUAAAGAACAGGGAAUAAACAGAAAAGGAGAGCAUCUCACCCCCUAAUGUAAAGCUUGGAGUAUUUUUUUUCUUCGUCCAUAUAUAUAUAAUGUUUGAGCACAAUGUAUGGGACGAGAUAGAUUUGAAAAUGUUGUUUGUUUGAUUUUUAUUUUGUUUAAUGAACAAGUAACUGUUUAGAAUAUUGUAAAGCAAAACAGGAAUCAAUACAGAUCCUAUGGGUUGCGAUAAUGCAGUAAUUCAGCAUGCAAACCACCGUUCAGCGUACAGAAGAGGUGAAGCUUGUCGGGCACAUUAUUAGGAUUCCCACGUAGCCAAGACACGCCCCACUGCAACAUGAUUGGCUCCUGUGUCGCAGGAAAGGCAGUGCGACACAGUUGUAACGAGAUGACCAUCUCAUACAUGUAUCACAUUUGUAUGAAAUAAAAAUAAAUAAGUUUGUUUUGGUUACCUUUAGGGCUAGGUUUGGGGCCUAAGGUGAUUUAGGAUGGGUUAAGGUUAGAAUUACGGUGGGUUAGUUUUAAUGGGAUAUUCACGCACUUGUCAUAGCCUGUACUGUCCGGAAGAAGUAGGGCAUGUUCUAAAUGAAUACAGGAGCCAAUCAUAGUGCGUGUCCUGGAGCCAGUAAUAUUAGAGCAGGGCGUGUCCUGCCUUGAAAC